CGGACGUUGUGCUCGACGCUUUUGUAGACGUUGCUCGUCGUCGUCGCGUCGCUGGCGCACAUACAUGACUAGGGAAGGCGCUGGUUGCGGAUGACGGCACUGGUCAUUGAUGCUGAGAGCGCCCUCGCUGGGACUUGCCAGACGUGUCUCCAGCACCCUCCGGUCAUGCUCGGCAUACUCACAGCGCCCCCUCACUCGCUCGACUACCUCGUUCGCACCACCACUAACUUAUAUGGGAGCGGCCCUAACCCGAAGGCGCGAGCACCGACGCGACGCGCCGGUGCGCAUCACGCUCGCAGAGCUGCAGCAGGCGGAGGAAGAGACACUCAGCUUUGCAUCUGGGGAACGGGAGGACGGUGCAAAUGCGGACUCUGCGCAGCAGGAAGAUGCUGCACGCGAGAGCGAGAACACCGCUGCGACAGACGACAGUCAGCAGGACCCUCCUCGCAAGCGCUCUCACGGCGAAUGGUGCCGUCUCGCGCGCCUGCGCAUCCUCCACAGGCAGCGCCGUCAGCGCCAAAUCGAACGCUAUUUCACUCCACCUCCCACCUCCGACAAAACGCCUCCCUACCCCGCCAGCCCAUUCACGCCAUCCCCCGUCAAGCCGCUCGUCAUCGGCCCGGAUGGACUCGGCGAAGUCGUAUACGCGCGCGACGACGAUCUUGUCUUCAUGCGCGACCCGCCUCCCGACCCUGCAACGAUUCCCUCGACGGCGCGCGCUCUUUGGCGCGCCGACAUCCUCUUCUUCCUGCAAUACACCCAGUCCGCGGACGACGCCUGGCGCGCGUAUUCCCUCCUCCUCGCCUUCCCUGCUCCCGCAAAUUUGUCCCCCUCUCAUCACAAGAUACCGAAUGCUCACUUGCACCGCGUCGCGCGCGUCCUCGCCCACGCACGCCCAAAGACACGCCCGCGGUUCCUGCGUCUGCUAUCCGUGCUCGCAUACCUCGCGCGUCAAGGCGGCCGGGUCAUGCCGCACGAGUGGAAUGCUCUAAUUGACGGUGCUGCCAAGGGAUGGCGCAAGACGCGCGCGGGGGACGUACGCCUCGCUUUCGACACCUUUGCCGACAUGACGGCUGGUCGCGCGCCUGGCGCGUCUACUUUGGGAGAGGACGACGGCGAACCCCCCUCACGCGAGCGCAUCGCGCCCACCGAGCCCGACAUCCACACCUACACCACCUUGCUCAGUGCUGCGGCGCGCACCCUCGAUCCAGCGACAGUCCGCAAGGCAACCUCCCUCCUCAAAUCCUCCGGCCUCCCUCCGAACCGCAUUACACAUCUGGCGCUCCUGAACUACUACACCCACACGCAGCAACUCUCUGGCGUGCGCGCGACGCUUCGACAGUUGCGCCUGGAGGGCCACCCGCUCGGGCUCGAUGGUCUUAACGCGGCACUGUGGGCCUUCGCGCGCAGUGGGCGCAUCGAUGUAGUCGCGGAUGCGUACCGUGUGCUAAGGCAUCAGCUGCACCCUACCCAAGACGACCCGCUUGCCAUCGAGGAGUUGGCCGCCCGCCUGCGCGAUGCGGAAGCGCUCGAUCUCCCACCGGAGCUCAAGCCUAACGCCGGCACAUGGACGACGCUCGUCCAAGCCUUUGCGCACCACGGCGACCUCCACCGCGCCCUCAGCGCUUUCCGCGACAUGCUGAGCCAGGUGAACGACGAGCGGGGCGCGCCCUUGUUCGAGAACGAGGGGGGCAAGCUCGUACCUGGGCACUACGCGCCAGCUAUGCCCGUCCUGCGCGCCCUCUUCCUCGGCUUCGCCCGCCAUGGCUCGCGGCGGGAUGACGCAGCUUCCACCCGCCCACAGCGCUAUCGCGGGGAUCUGCCGACGAGCCCCAGCGCCUGGACCCUCGACGCCCUGCUCCCCAUCCUCCGCGUCUUUCAGUCCCUGCCCGCCGAGCCGCGUCCCUCGCGGAGCACGCUCUUUUGGAUCCUCACCGCGUUCCGGAAGACGACGGGCGACCGGCGCGACGUGGUGCGCAAGGUGUGGGAGAUGCUGGAGGGAAGGUACGGGGAAAGGUACAUGGUGUCGCAGCAGCGGCUGCGGUCGCUGCGCGAGUGGCUAUAUCAUCCGGAGGGCCUGGUGUGGGAGGAAGGAGUGGAGUCGGUGGCGGAAGGUAAAAGGGAGGCGGAUGGCAAAGGGGAGGCAGAGGUUAAAGGGGAUAGGUCGGGUCGUAAAGAGGAUGGGGUGAAGGGGGGAGAGGGGAAGCGGGAGGAUGGCGAGUAG